ACGCCGACGAUCGGGCAACACUCACGUCCAGUCCGGUCUGCCGAGACGAGUACCUGCUGCUGUAUCCACCACACGAUCGCCAAGUCCGACACACACAGCCCUCCACGAUGAGAUCGACUUUGUUCGCCGUGUGCGCAUUUGCGCUGUGCGCGCACUGUCUGGCCGCCGACGACAAGUCGGCCAAGAAGACCGAGGCCGCGGCCGACAGCAAGGCCCAGGGUAAGAGAAGCCUGUUCGACACCGGUUACGGUUUCGGCGGUGGUCACGCCGAUAUCCUGUCCGCGGGUUACGGACACGGACUCAUCUCGUCCGGCGGUUACGGAGGCGGUUACGCCGACUUCAGCGGCCACGACUCGUACGCCGUCGGUGGACACGACGCAUACGCCGUUGGUGGACACGACUCUUUCGCAGCAUAUGGGGGACACCAAUCGUACCAACACCACGUUCCAGUCAAGACCAUCACCAAGAGCGUGGCUCUGCCAUACCCGGUUGAGGUAGCCAAGCCAUACCCAUACCCCGUCAAGGUAGCCGUUCCAGUCGACCGCCCAUACGCCGUUGACGUGCCACAGCCAUACCCCGUGCACGUAGAAAAACCAUACCCCGUCAAGGUUCCAGUGCCACAUCCAUACCCAGUCGUCAAGGAGGUUCCAGUGCCCUACAAGGUGCCCGUCGACCGCCCGUACCCAGUUCACGUAGACAAGCCGUACCCAGUGUACGUCGAGAAGCAAGUGCCAUACCCAGUAGAGAAGGCCGUCCACUACCCAGUCAAGGUACCCGUCGACCGUCCAUACCCAGUGCACGUACCAGUCGAGAAAAUCGUACCAUACCCAGUCGAAAAGGCAGUCCACUACCCAGUCAAGGUGGCCGUCGACCGUCCAUACCCAGUACCAGUCGAGAAGCACAUCCCAUACCCAGUUGAGAAGCAAGUGCCGUAUCCAGUGGUCAAGGAAAUCCCGUAUCCCGUCAAAGUACCAUACAAAGUUGCCGUUGCCGUGCCAUACCCGGUCAAGGCAUACCAACCCGACCACUACGAACACCACGAUCACCACGAAUACCAACACGGCAGCUCCGGAUACAUAUGGAAGUACGUAAUAAAGAUGAUACGUAAAUACCAAAUUCAUAAUUCGAACACUCCACUGGUGGGAGCAAUAACCGGGUUGGUUUAUUAUACCGGGGGCGACGAUGAUCCACUACAAAAGCACCGGACACCCACUAUUGAUUACCAUUCACAUUCAGUUAGGUCUGCGAACAACACACAUACGAUGAAAGUAGUAUUAUUUUCUGCGUGCGCAUUCACGCUGUGCGCCUACGUCUUAGCAGUAGAACAACCGGCUAAGAACAUAAAAGCAGACGAAUCCCAAUCCAAGAGAAGCGUAUCUGAAUUGAACUACGGAUUCGGUGGCUCAGAAAUCGCGAAAGGCGGCUACGGACACAGUGACUUCAGUGCCGGACACGGUGACUUCAGUGCUGGACACGGUGACUUCAAUGCCGGACACAGUGACUUCAGUGCUGGACACGGUGACUUCAGUGCCGGACACGCAGGCUUUGGUGGAGAAUACGUAUACGGUGGCCACCAACAAUCAUCGUACCAACAUCACGUUCCCAUCAAGACCAUAACCAAAAAUGUGCCACAACCAUACCCUGUGGAAGUAGCCAAACCUUACCCAUACCCGGUCAAGGUGCCCAUUCCAGUUGACAGACCGUACACCGUUGAAGUGCCCAAGCCAUACACUGUGCACGUAGACAAGCCAUAUCCCGUCAAAGUUCCGGUGCCCCAUCCAUACCCCGUGGUCAAAGAAGUGCAUGUACCCUACAAGGUGCCGGUAGAUCGUCCGUACCCCGUGCACGUAGACAAACCGUACCCCGUGUACGUCGAGAAGCGAGUGCCGUAUCCAGUCGAGAAGGCUGUCCACUACCCGGUCAAGGUGCCCGUCGACCGUCCAUAUCCAGUGCACGUACCAGUCGAGAAGAUCGUACCAUACCCGGUCGAGAAGCCCGUCCACUACCCGGUUAAGGUUCCCGUCGAACGCCCGUACCCCGUACCAGUGGUGAAGAGUAUCCCGUACCCGGUCGAGAAGCAAGUGCCGUAUCCAGUGGUCAAGGAAAUCCCAUAUCCAGUCAAAGUGCCCGUCAAAGUCGAAGUAAAAGUACCGUACCCAGUCAAGACUUACCAGCCCGAACACCACUACGAACACCAGGAACACCAUGAAGAACACGAUUACCAUCACGGAAGCAGUGGAUAUUAAUUCAACUCACGUCUCAAUCUAGUCACACUACACUCGAGUCAUAAUAUGUACUGUUUUUUACUUUAAUUGAUUUUUGUUUUAUAUUAUUAUUAAAUGGAAACGUCAAAAAAAUAUAGUUUAUACAUUAGAACUAUAUUAAUAAUACUGUAUAUACACGACACAAUAGUGUAGUAUUAUUUGGGUAUUAUUUAUAUGCACUCAUUUUUUUUUUAUAAAUCCGAUCAAUUUGUCCAUAUAUGUAACAAAUGUAUAUACGUUCAAUGUUCGUAAAUGUAUAUUGUAUGACUUUCUAUUGUUAGUCAAAAUAUAAAUUAAAAAUGUUUCACUUA